AUGACUUUAUCGAGAGACCCGUUUCCAGUCACCGCGCGUCCAUCACCUUGGUGGGAAGUCAAAAUACUCAAACCCACAACUUCAGGAGAUACCGUCUUCGGCCACUUGUCCCUGGUGGACGUCUUUUUUCUCACCAGGCUCAAGAACAUUCUCUACUUCCCAGAGACGUCCGUGGCCUAUGAUUUCUUCCUCGCUUUUAGAGAUCACGUAUUGCCAACGUGCCCCGUCAUAGACCGGUGCGAAAUGACGAAAGUCUACGAUUCGUUCUGUAGUGGUCAUGUCACCUCUCCCCUGCUUAUAAACUCGAUCUUCUUUUCGUCAUCGCAAUAUGUCUCUCAAGAAUCGCUGACAAAGGCUGGUUUUGACUCACCCCACGAAGCAAAGGAAUAUUUCUAUGAACGCACAACCAUGCUCUACGCUCUAAACUGCGAACAUGACCAACUCAAAAUUAUUCAAGCCCUCCUCUUCAUCAGUACAUGGUGGUCCGAUUUUAGCGAGGAGAAGGGGACGAAAUACUGGAUAUCGUGCGCAGCGAACCUAGCACUGAGCAUGGGUCUCCACAAAGCUGUGCCAGUUGCUGCACGUCUCAGUCAACAGGAAAGAUCCAUAUGGCGGAGAGUCUUCUGGACAGUCUAUAGCAGAGACUGCAAUGUCUCGAUAGCCAUGGGCCGUCCCCUUGCGAUCCAUAGCAAAGAAAUCGACGUUGAAGAGCUGAGCGACGCAGAUUUCUACGAAGGACAGGAUGAAAUUUGUCAUGAUCGACCCUCCGCUUCUCAUGGCAAGGGCCGGCUGGACUUCACGAUAUACUCGAAUGUACAUGUCUUCUACGCCGUCAAAACUGCUCGCCAGUCCGCCUUGCUGACCCAAGCAACGUCUAUUAGUUUGGAAAUGGCUCUUGGAAGCGAGGAGGCCGUCAAAGCGCUGGUUACAUGCAAAAAUGAUACCACGGCAUUACGUGCGGAGCUAUCGGACUAUCUACUUCGCCGAUUCGAUGCUGAGACCAACGAUGAGAUUCUGACCCGUACGGAGAAGCUUUGGAUCAUCUUUCUACAGUUGAGCACCGAACGGACCUUGUCAGUCGCUUGUCUCUUUCUACGGAGGCACAUUGAACGCUGUGAAUCGUGGCACGGAUCUCUCAGUUUGUCCGAUGUCAAAGCUGAGAUGGUCCGAGCCGCUGCCAGGACAUUAAACAUCUAUGAAGAGCUCUUGGAGCUUGGUUGCCUGAGAUAUUCCCCCAACUUUGUAAACACGCCCAUUUUCGGUGCCAUGGUCACGUACACCGAACUCAUCAAAGAAGCCCAAGAAGAAGGCCGGGUCAACAGAAUCGCAACAAACAAGUACCAGCUAGGAAUCAUGAUUCUGGAAGAAUUGGAGCAGCUUUGGCCUGCUUCGGCUUGGGCAUGUUCGUUGUUCAAAAUCCUAGCCGACAAAGAUUUCCUCCGUCUCCGGAAACUACCACACGCUUCGCGAUGGCAAACUCCCGAUCCUACCGGUGAAGUAUUGGAAACUACGAUUAGCCCCGACGGCCCCUCGGGUGGCGAGUCAGCAUCCGGGUUUAACACAUUGCAGGAUCUAAGUCCUUUUUUCAACAACAUCAACACGCCCAGCGCCCUCGAUGCGAUGUUUUCCAAUGACCUGUUUGAUCCGCAAAUGUGGUAUGCUGCGGCGCAGGCCUCCCCAUGA